ACCACACACUCCUCCCUCAACUUUGUCCCUCCAGCCACGCACACACUGUUAGAGCUACUGUUUCUCCGCCGCGGUUAGGACACUAAAGCGGCCUCGGGUUUUUAAACUGUUUUGUGAAAGUCUGCAGUCCGACUGUGGACAAAAGCGAGUCCUGGGCGAAGAAGAGGAGAGGAAACCACGCUUGUGUAGUGAUUUUAUUACUGCGUCGCCACAGGACACAGAUGAUGGAGACCAAACUCUGGAUUGCCCUUUGCGCGCUUCUAGCGAUUUACUUGGGAUCCGCUGUACACGCUGAUGGGCAUACUCCUACCCCUUCUUCAAAAACUACUCCUAGUACUGUUCAAGCUACAGGGGCUCCAGUUCUGAACCAUGUGUCUAGUUUGGGCCCGGAUGCUGCCAAUCAUUCAGGGAGCAGCCCAGCGACAAACACAAGUUCCAAUGGCACAGUCAAUGUGAGCAGUAGCACAACUACAGAAAAUACAAGGAUCACCAUCAUAGCCGAACCAGGGAAAGAUAAUGUAACCGACAACGCCAUUAAGACCACAUUAGCAAAAAAUGAAAACAUCACAAAUACGACACUUUCCCCUUCUCAGAGCAGCCCCACCACAGCUGUUCCCAUUAAUAUCGGCACCACACACGUACUGCACACUUCUGCAGGUGCACCGGUCACCCCGACUCCCUCAUUAAAUCAAAACGCAUCACACCAUGAGACCAAAGCACCCCCUGCUACUUCUGCCCCAGCAUCGGAACCAACAAAGCCUGAAUCUAUCACUAACGCCACCACCACCAAGUCCAACACAAAUUCCAGCACCGCCUCCAUCCAAAAGCCCUCCACUUCCCAGCCAACGUCAAACACUUCACAGUCCAACAGACAGUCCACCCAGCCUAGCAUCCAGACCAGCUCCCACACCAACAACCCAUCACAGCUCAACGUGAACGGGGACGGGACGGCCCAGAACUCUCCUGGAUUAGACCCCCUCCUGGCUGGUCUGGUAUCAGCCUUCAUCGUUGCUGCUGUCAUCAUCACUCUGCUCCUCUUCCUCAAACUGCGCCGAAGAGGCAACGGGCCGGAGUUCCGCAGGCUGCAGGACCUACCUAUGGAUGAUAUGGAGGACACACCUUUGUCCAUGUACAGCUACUGAUGAAGGCACAAUAGGAUGUUUGAUGUCCAAAUACCCUCGCAGAUUCCAGAAUCAGGCCACUGUGGUUGGUGAAGUUGGUCUCUCUUCCUUAAUCUGCACCAAACAGAAAGAAUCCUGGGUAGGUGUAAGCACAUUUCUGGAUUGCUUUAAGUUACCCAGAUCAUUGGCAAAAGGAUCCGAUUGAAACUGCAAUGGACAAUGAAGAAAAUAUCCAUGAUGUUGCCUUUUGGAUUUUCUUUCUAAAUUUGUCUGUUAUCACAAGUGUUCCCAAUUUUUCAUCCAUCCAUUCAUUCAUUUGUUCAUUACUGUAAACUUUACAUUAUUCAGCCCAUCUAAGGUUGCUGGGGUUGUGUAAUAUAUUUGAUUUCUCUAGAAUUGAAAAUAGGUUGUUUCAAAGCAGAAGAUCAUCUGACAUGGCCAUCGACUGAGCCUCUCCUACUGUGGCUCACUGGUUUAAUGUUGCUUUACCAGUUAAAGUCUGGCAGAAAUAAAGGCCAGCAAGCUAAAGAGAAGAAA